AUGGGCAUGGAGAACACUGGACUGUGGAUAUUCCUGAUAACAACCUGUGUUGUUCCAGGAAUAAAAACCCAGACUGUGGAGAUGGAUGAUGGUAAGGCGGGGUAUGUCGGGUCGAAGGUGGAUCUCCGCUGUCGGUUCAUCAACAGCUUCCCCCCUGUCAAAAUCUCACAGGUAACAUGGCAGAAACUGGUGAAUGGCACCAAGCAGAACGUAGCGAUCGCCAACCCCUCCCUGGGUGUGUCCGUGGCCCCGCCCUACAGGGACCGUGUCACCUUCAAGAAUGCGGCAGUGAGGCGACGAACUCCGACCCUUGAAGACACCACCAUCACCUUCUCCUCGCUCCGCCUCACUGACGAGUCCAGCUACAUCUGCGAAUACACCACGUUUCCCGCAGGGAACAGAGAGAACACUGUGAACCUCACAGUCUACGUUCGCCCGACAACUCAGAUGAGUCUGUCCACCCCGACGCUGGUAGCUCGUUCGUCCAAUCUGAAAACACCUGUGGCCACCUGCAUCUCUGCCAAUGGAAAACCAGCGGGUAUCAUUAGUUGGGAGACGAAGGUUCCGGGAGAGGCGACCACUCGAGAGUACAGGAACUCAGACGGGACGUUCACUGUUCAGAGUGACUACAUUCUGGUGCCAAGCAAAGAAACACACAAGGAGACGCUCACCUGUGUCACCAGCUACAACGACGAAGUCUAUACUGACAGUGUCACCCUCGAUAUCCAGUAUGAGCCAGAUGUUUCAGUGGACGGCUUUGAUGGAAACUGGUAUCUAAACCGAGAGAACGUCCAGCUGAGCUGCCAAGCUGAUGCCAACCCAACCGUCUCUCUGUAUCAGUGGAAAUUGAUUAAUGGCUCCAUACCGAACAGUGCUGAGAUCCGUGACAACGUCCUCAGCUUUAAGGGGCCGGUCACAUACGACCUGCAAGGUACAUACGUGUGUGACGCCACCAACAGCAUCGGGACACGAUCGGGUUCUGUGGAGGUCAGCGUCAUAGAAAAGCCUUUACCGCAGAUAGCAUCAGGUGAUGUCAUCAGUGUAGUCGCCUUGUUGCUGGCUGCCGGAGUGCUCAUGGGCAUCACUGUCACAGUCCUGGUGCUCAAAAUCAGAAGUAGAAAGGACAACUCCUCAAAUGAUUCUCAGUCAGGAAAACCGCUCCAGCCGAUAAGGAAAAGACCAGGAGACGAUAUCCAGCAUUCAGGACGGUUUUAUGAAGAGCUUCCUAACACAGCAGAUUAUGUGAGUUACAGACUGGCCUGUAACAAGGAGGACUACCCUGAGCCCUACUCCCCUCCCAUCAACCCCCCGCUGUCGUUUCUGCCCCAGCACCCCUACCACUGCUCACUACCAACCACCGCGACCAGCAGCAGCAGCACCGACACGUCGAAAAACACCUUCUCUCCUCCCUCACACACCAUGGCCAUCUUCAGUUACCCCUCAGUACCGGGCCUGUCUUCUCCUCCCCCGGGAGUGGCCGCAUACACUUUUCCUAAAGAGCAGUACGUCUGA